AUGAAACUUUUUGGGUGGAGAAUGUGCCACAAUUGGCUGCCUGCUAAGACCAAUCUAAAACAUAGAGGAAUGGACAUAAAUACUCAAUGUGAAUCUUGUGGAAGGUAUGAUGAAAAUCUUACACAUGCUUUAUGGAAUUGUGAUAAGAUUAAAAAAAUUUUAAAGCUGCUGCCUUGGUAUAAAAAAAUUUCCAAAUUGGGAGAGGGAUCUAUGUUUGAUGUGUUACAGGAAGUAGAGAGGCAGGUAACUCGGGAUGAAUUUGAAGACACAAUCACAGUCCUUUGGGCUAUAUGGGAAAAUAGGAACCGGAAAUGGAAUCAACUUCCAAGCAUGAAUGGCCAACAGCUUCUCAAUUGGGUUUUUAAUGCCUACCCGAAGGCUUAUAUAAGUGAUCUCACAACAGGGCACCAAAUGGGGGAAACUACCUCCAAUCUGAAGCACUGGAUCCCUCCUGAAAAUGGUUGUAUUUGUGUUAAUAGCGAUGCAGCAAUCAAUGAAAAUACUGCUGGUGUGGGGCUUGGUUUCGUGUGGAGAACAGCCAGUGGCCAUUUGGUUUCUGCUGGGAUGGUUUAUUUGCCAAGCAAGUGUUCUGUUAAGAUGGCUGAAGGGUGGGCGUUGCUGGAAGCUUUGAAGAAUCCUCCUGCAGCUGAUACUUCUCAGAUUGAAAUCCAGACCGAUUGUCAAGUGCUGGUGGCUGAUCUGAAGGUUCCCGACAAUACUCUCACUGCAGAAAGGAACAUGAUCCACAAGCUCAAAAGAGUGCUGGAAAAUUUUAAUAGUGUACAUAUUACUCAUGUAAAAAGAGCCAAUAAUGAGUGUGUAAAUUUAUUAGCUAGGAAAUGUCUAGCUGAUAAAACUACACAAUUUUUUGACAAUUCUUUUCCGGAUUGGUUAGCUAUGUUUUGUAAGGCUGACCAUCCUAUUGUGGUGUAG